AUGCCACCAACCUGCGCUGCUAAUCUGCCUUUGGUGCGGGACGCUCUUUACCUGACGCCACAACCCUGCAUAACCAGUUGGGCGUCCUGCAACGAAUACACAGCGCAGACGAUAGACGAUCGAACACAGACGCACUUGAAGCAGAUUUGGUUCACUCGAUUCAAUUUCCCUCCACGUGUUUCAAACGAUCCAACCGAAGGACGGAUGUGUCGCGUGAUGGUUGAAAAAAGACGUUCACGUAUGCUCAACUAA